UCCGUCGUAAACAACAACAGGGAAGUGGAAAGAGAAGUCCCGAGGUGCAAAAUGCAACGGUCACGCUAACUACAUUAAAACUAGCGAUGGAGGGCUCUAAGUCGUCCAGCACAACCAUGCAGGUCAGCUUCGUGUGUCAGCGGUGCUGUCAGCCGCUGAAACUGGACACAUCCUUCAAUGUCCUCGAUCGGGUCACAAUCCAGGAACUUAUUGCUCCGGUAGUCACAGUGACCCCCAGAAAACAGGCUGACAGCACUGAUGGAGAAACAGCACCAGAGGAAACCUUUGCAGAAAACAAGCAAGAUGGUGUGUCAAGGAAAUACAUCCCACCUGCAAGGAUGAUGUCCACAGAGAGCGCCAACAGCUUCACACUGAUAGGAGAAGCAUCUGAUGGGGGUACCAUGGAAAAUCUCAGUCGUAGGCUGAAGGUGACCAGUGACCUGUUUGACAUCAUGUCAGGCCAGACAGACGUGGACCACCCGCUGUGUGAGGAAUGUACCGACACCCUGUUGGACCACCUGGACACGCAGCUCAACAUCACAGAGAACGAAUGCCAGAAUUACAAGCAGUGCCUGGAGCUGCUGUCACACCUGCAGGUGGAGGGGGAGGAGACCCUGCUGGCAGAUCUGCAUCAGCUGAAAGGGCAGGAGGAGGCUCUGGUCCAGGAGCUGGAGACAGUGGAGGGGCAGAGGGCUGUGGUGGCCCAGGACCUGACCCAGAGCAGGGUCCACUCCCAGCAGCUGGACACAGAGGAGCUUCAGUACCAGAAGGAGUACAGCGAGUUCAAACGGCAGCAGCUGGAGCUGGAUGAUGAGCUGAAGAGCGUUGACAACCAGAUGCGUUACUGCCAGAUUCAGCUAGAUCGCCUGAAAAAGACAAAUGUCUUCAAUGCCACAUUUCACAUCUGGCACAGCGGACAGUUUGGUACAAUCAACAACUUCCGUCUGGGUCGACUCCCCAGCGUCCCGGUGGAGUGGAACGAGAUCAACGCAGCCUGGGGGCAGACGGUGCUGCUGCUGCACGCGCUGGCCAACAAAAUGGGGCUGCGCUUCCAGAGAUAUCGUCUUGUCCCUUACGGAAACCACUCAUACUUAGAGUCCCUGUCAGACAAGUCCAAGGAACUUCCUCUGUACUGCUCGGGGGGCCUGAGGUUCUUCUGGGACAACAAAUUUGACCACGCCAUGGUGGCCUUCCUGGACUGUGUCCAGCAGUUCAAAGAGGAGGUGGAGAAAGGAGACACUGGCUUCUGCCUUCCAUACAGGAUGGAUGUGGAGAAGGGUAAGAUCGAGGACACGGGUGGCAGCGGCGGCUCUUACUCCAUCAAAACCCAGUUCAACUCUGAGGAGCAGUGGACCAAGGCGCUGAAGUUUAUGCUCACCAACCUGAAGUGGGGACUGGCCUGGGUCACCUCGCAGUUCUACAACAGAUGAGACUUCUGGACAAUGCUUUGUGAUUUAUAGUCAUAGUUUCCUCUGAUGAAUGGAUUACGUGUGAAUAUUAUUACUUGGCCAAAGGAAAAGCAAUGGUUGUGUCGCAGGAUUUUCUGUACAAACCUUCGUUGGAGCAAUUCUAGAUCUUCAGUCCAGAUUGUCUGUGUUUUUACAUUUUACAAAGAAGUGAUGAUUUGCUGCCGAGUGGGAUGUGGAAGCAGAAUGAGAUAACAACCUGUGCGUCCUUUAGACCACUUUCAUCCUCUGCUUCACUAAUUAAUAUCUUUGAAGAGCUGAUAAUGCAUUAAAACAUCUUCGCACUUCCGCAGGCUAGAAUGUAAAAGAAAUCUUCGCCAAAUUGACUUCUAACCACUUUAUCAAGUUCAAGGAUUCCUUGCUCUCCUGUUGCACUGCACACCUUUCCAUCACUGUGUAACCCCCACAGUGAUUACAUGUGUUCUUGUCCUUAUAACAUAAGCUGUAAAAGUGUGCUGUGAUAAUGAAGUUCAAGGUUGAAUUUUUAAUAUAUUAACACUGUUUAGUAUUCAACAAGAGCGUCAGUAUUUCUUUAACCUCGAAUGCAAUUGUCACGUUUGCCGGUUACAUACAUACGUUGCAGGUAAACUGUUGUAUUUAGAGGCUCACUGAUACGGCUUCUUUGUGAUCAUACUCCGCACCAUCACAUCCAUUUGUCCGUUUUAGAUAUGAUGGAUGCAUGUAAUGGUGGGAUUUUAGUUAAUAAAAAGUUUCAUGCUGUAAAA